AUGACAAGGACACCAAUAAGAUAUUUGAGCCUAUUGAUUGCAAUAGUCUCCCAUUCCGCCAAUGGCGAGUGUGUGAUCUGUCCCAAUGGACUGGAAUUCCCGGAUGCUCAGAUUCCACAAGGUGAUGAUGGCGGCACAGUGUCAUGCACAGAGGGCGCUUCCAUCAUGUCAUCCUAUGAUCGCAACUCUUGUGUCGCUACUCAAGUCGGUGUUAUUCCAAUAUGUUGUCCAUCACAAUUCCAGUUGAUUGCCAAAGAUAAUGUUUGUGGAUGGUGCAAGAACAACGGCGGCACUACUAUCGAAACCUUGGACGCUUCCUUUCGAGGACCACUCGACGGUAUGGGAGAUGCUACCUGCGCGGAUAUACUUCCUGGAAUUGCGUUGGCGACAGAUACUACAGGAUGUUCCGUCUAUGAAUAUGCCGAGCAAUAUUGUUGUCACAACGCACAACCUGGUGCUGUUCUUGACGAAGAAGGAACUGACACCCGAGGAGAUGUUCCUGCUAAUGAUGGUGGUGGUGGUGAUACAGUCACCGCACCACCACCAUCAAACUGCCACUUUUGCAACAGUGGAAUUGAAUUCCCAAAUGCCAGACCAAUGAAAGGAGAUGAAACAGAUUGUCAGGAAGUUGCCAAUAUCUUUAUUCAAAUUCGAUCCGCUCUCCUAAACAACGAAAUGGCGUGCAAUAGCUACCGACAACUUGAAUUCACUUGUUGUCCGUCUUCCAUUGACAUUCCCAACCCCGUUGGCAAUGGUGAUGAACAUGGACUAGCCGAUGACAUUGUUCCUAAAGCAGCAACAGAUCAGACUCCACCUGUGGUGGAGGUGGUACAAAAUGGUGAUGUCACGAUCGAUACGGAAGUGGACGAGGCAGUCCUUGCGGGUGUCGGUGACGGAAAUUCGACCACCACGGCUGGUGCCAGAGAGGGUGAUGCUGGUGGGGCCGCCCCUAUAGGAGUCAUUCCGGAUAUAGCCGUUGUCGCUGAUUUGAUAUUCAACAACCAUGGAGGCAGUGGUGGUGGUGGUUCAACCACCAACAAGGACAAGAAUACCGCUGAUACUACUACAACUGGUACUAGUAGUACCUCAAGCACCAACAAAGAAGGUGAUGGAAUAGACUAUGAUAUCAUCUAUCCCGAUGAAAACAGUGGAUCGUUACGACACACCACCUUUGGAUCCGUGUCCAUGAUGAGCUGUGGUGUGAUCAUGACGAUUUGGUUGCUUCAAUCACGGUGA